AUGUCUCUAUCCGACAUCAACCCCCAGAUCGACCCCGGUGCAGAUGCUCGUGUGCCUACUGACGUCGGUUCUACACCUGCGACCACCAACGGUGCUACAAAUGGCGCCGCGGGGUUGAAGGACACUGCUGUCAACAGUGAGUCAUCUAUCCCACCACGCGCUGCACAGGCUUACGACUCAGUCAAGAAUGCUCAGAUCACCCAGGAUCUUGCCAACGGUAUUCCCACCAUACACUCUGUCCGAAGACUGUACUCAUACAUCAAAGGUCCCGUGGCCACCUCUGUCAAGAAUGAAGCCAAUGCUACGAGCAACGAAUUCUCGGCGCUUGCUGGCUCCCGUCAGACGCCUGCCCACUCGGCCGCCAACGAUACUCCUCUGACACACUACCACUCCUUCUUCUACACCCUCCUUAGCUGGAAGAACCCCCGCGCUACCGGUGCUACUUUCGCCAGCGUCCUCGUCUUCAUCUUUGCCUGCCGAUAUCUUCCCAUCAUUCGAUAUGCUCUCAAGCUUACAUGGAUGACUCUUGGUGUCGUCACACUGGCCGAGACUGCAACGAAGCUGGCUGCUGGUGGGAGCUUGACCUCAUCUAUCCGUCCUAGACGUUACUACAAGAUCCCAAAGGAGACACUCGAGGCUACACUGGACGAUGUCGAGCAGCUUAUCAACUUCUUCGUCAUUGAGUCUCAGCGUGUCGUCUUUGCUGAGAACAUUCUCGUCACUGGAGCUAUCUUCCUUGCGACCUUCCUCUCCUACUACCUUGUCAAGCUCCUCCCUUUCUGGGGCAUGGCUCUCCUCGGCGCUUCCGUCAUCUUCCUCGGUCCUCUCAUCUACGUCAUGAAUCAGGAACUGAUCGACUCCAACAUCGAACAUGCUACCAAAGUCGUUACCCAGCAAACCCAGCAAGUCAAGGAGAUUGCUGGUCAGCACACUGGCAAGGCUCUCGAAUCUGCUCGCACCUAUGCUGGUGAGUAUGCUGGCGCCGCCUCCGACCUUCUCGGCAAGUCCCGCCAGAAGAUUCCCGCAUUGAACAACUCGGUCAAGAAGGAGGACUUUCCUACCGCUCCCAAGACCACUCUUCCAUCCGAGCCUGUUCGAUCCGACCCUGUCGGUCCUGCGACCACCACCUCCGGAAGCGAGAUCAAGCCCGAGCCAGUUCCUGCAUCUUGA